GGAAGUGGUGUCUCUGGAACCUCCGGCAACUUGACGCUGACCAGUGAAGGCAAAACGGAGCAGGAGAGCGAAACAUGGCGACUUCGAACAAUCCGCGGAAAUUCAGCGAGAAAAUCGCGUUACACAACCAGAAGCAGGCGGAGGAGACGGCGGCGUUUGAAGAAGUGAUGAAGGACCUGAGCAUCACGCGGGCGGCGAGGUUACAGCUGCAGAAGACUCAGUACCUGCAGCUGGGACAGAACCGUGGGCAGUACUACGGAGGGUCUUUGCCAAACGUCAAUCAGCUUGGAAACAGUACUAUUGAUGUGUCUUUUCAGAACUCAGAGCUGGACAUGAACAGAUCGACGCGACACCACGGCUUGGUUGACAGAGUCUACCGGGACCGGAACCGCAUCGCUUCCCCGCACCAAAAACCACUGUCAGUGGACAAACACGGGCGCCAGAUUGACAGCUGUCCCUAUGGCUCAGUGUAUCUGUCACCGCCGCUGGAUACCAGCUGGAGGAGGACAAACUCUGACUCAGCGCUGCACCAGAGCACACUAACCCCCGUCCAGCAGCCCUGUUUCACUGGAGGAUCACAGGAGCUCCAGCCCAAACGAGUUCUGCUGCUCACUGUGCCAGGCUCAGAAGCAGUUAAACUAGAGGUUGAUGAGGAUGGACAAAGACAGGAGUGGGACUGUAAAAAGAACAUUUCAAGGUCCAAGCUGUGCAGAGUUCCUGGAAUCAACAUAUUCCCAUCUCCCGACCAGCAGCUGACCCCCACGCUCAAACCAGCAGCCCACAACACUGGCGGUUCUCUGCCUGACUUGACCAACAUCCAGUUCCCUCCUCCGCUGCCCAUCCCGCUCGACUCGGACGACACAGCCACCGCCUCCUCGUUCAGCCCCUCCAACAGCACACAGAACCUGCCUAACACGCAAGGCGUGGACACCUCUCAGCCGGUAUCCAUGGAGAUGCAGCUGGGGCAGGACAACAUGGUUCCUCUCAUCCUCAACGUAGGAGACUCCCACCAGCAGCAGAACCUCCCGCUCUCCCCAACAUCUCCGCCUCUCUCUCUCUCUCAGACGGCCAUCAACGCAAUGAACCUUGAGCAGCAGCUGUCCCAGUAUGCCUUCUUCAGCCAGCAGCUGUUGUCCCAGACUCACCAGAGCCAGCAACAGACAGAUAUGGACCAGCUGCCAUCCUCUGUGAACUCCUGCUCCACGUUAGACAACCACACGUCCUCGCAGAGCAACAUGACCAUGGACAUGAACACGGCCUCCUCCCUCCAACAGUACCGCAGUAGGGUUGGAUCCUCUGCCAAUCAGUCUCCAACCUCCCCUGUCUCCAAUCAAGGCUUCUCACCCGGAGGCUCGCCUCAACAUAACUCCAUACUGGGCAGCGUGUUCGCAGACUUCUACGACCAGCAGCUCCCGUCCAUUCAGGCCAGUGCUCUGUCGCAACAGCUGGAGCAGUUCAACAUGAUCGAAACCCCCAUCAGCUCCGACGGCUUGUAUAACCAGACCUCCACCCUCAACUACUCCCAGGCGCUUAUGAUGGGUUUGACUGGUGGCCACUGCAACCUCCAAGACUCGCAGCAGCUGGGCUACAGUAGCCAUGGCAACAUUCCCAACAUCAUUCUCACAGUGAGCGGAGAGUCUCCCCCCAGCCUCCCCAAGGACCUGACAGGCUCACUGUCCUCAGACUUCAGCUUCGAUGUCGACUCCCAGUUCCCACUGGACGAUCUCAAGAUCGACCCACUGACGCUUGAUGGCCUGCACAUGCUCAAUGACCCAGACAUGGUCCUUGCCGACCCGGCCACAGAGGACACGUUUCGCCUCGACCGGCUCUAACAAACCAUACGUGUCCAUGCACAGGUGUGUGAACGCUGCUGCCCUGUGGGGGGGGUGGGGCUAAUUUUGGAGUAUGUCGGCGAAGGCCUCGUUUAGGCUGGGCAACGAUUCCACACCAGGCAACAGCAAUCGAACCCCAAAAGAGAGCUUUGAAAAGAAACACUACUGUAAGAAAAAUGCAUCGACGUGUUUUCUGAAGACUGCUGCCGGCCUCCCUCCUCUGUCCGUGUGAAUCAUGUUUGCGGUUCCGUCAUCAAACUUUGAUUUAUUUCAGACACCUAGCUUUCAUGAGGGCAGUUUGUGGUGUAUCGUAUCUAUGAAUGACUGAGCCAUGUCCGCAGAGCAAACCCUGUCCAAACAAACUCGUCUGUGCAGAGUAGCAUGAUGACUCAGAGGAAGCUGCCCCCCCCCCUGUGUCGCCCUGGUCCUUCUCAGUCGUACAUGCAGUAGUUUCCCGCUGAUCCCUGUGUGGUUUUUCAAGGAGCCAAAGUCAAGUCCAGUUCGAUUCGAGUUGAAGAUGUAAAGUCUCAAGACACCAUGAGUCAUCAUUUUGCCACCUCAGUUAUUUUUUGGAAAUGCUGAAGUUUGACUUUCAACAUAGUAAAUUGCAGUAAAAUGAGUUAUGCAUGAGAUCACAAAUCACUGUGCAUACUUGUUUUUGCCUUAAUAGCUUAAAAUGUUUUGGUUUUCAUGCAAAGAUGACUUUUAUGUAAAUGAGAAAAAAAGGGUCAUUUUUACUGUUUUCCUGGUGGUUUGGCCGACAUUGUUUACAGUUGCGUUAGUGUCGUUGUACUUUUGCGUUGUGCUGAUCUUUAUCCAUAGCUUCAUCGAUCGUCACUACACCAGCUCAUCUAUCUCCCAUCAGAUUAAUGAUUUCUUGAGAAACGGAUGUUUACAGGCUGCUUUUAUUUGACAUUUUUACAUGAAUGUGAUCAGAUUUUGCGUAAUAGUAUCUAUGCAAAAAUUACAGUGAUUGGUUUCAAGCUGCAACCCGAACCGGAGAAAGGGAAUCCUCAAGUAGACGAGGCAGAAGUCUUUGAGAGAAUGAGCGGCUUAGGACGGUUUCAUGUUAUAUUUGUGUUGGGACAUUGCUUUGAUAUUAGGGAUGUGUAGAGGAAACACUGAGGGGUCGGGGCGUGUGGCGUGCGGUAGAAACUCUCCUGGAUUACUCCCAAAGAUGUGACCUCAGUAUAGUUGAGAUAAAUAUAUUUUUCCACACGGUUGAGCAGCCUCUAUACUAGAACAGCAUUGUUGAUGCAACAAGAAUGUAUUUCGGUCACAUCUGUGCUGUUGUGUUGUUGCCAUGUUGUCAUCCUCAUUGCCUAUCAUAUCGAGCCUUUAUGUCCUGUUGGACCAACACUGGUUCGCCUGUUCAGAGGGGUUGUGGCUUCUGUUUUAAGUUGUAUAUGUGGGACUGUGUUUGUUUCCUCGGCUCUACGGUGACACUGAAUAUCAGCUUCUUCACGUUGUCUGUGCCCUUUUGUUGAUUUGUCUCUCCGUUCUGUGGCCCUGCUUUAAUAUUUCAAAAGAUUUCAUGCAUUUGCUCCUUUAAUGAGUGAAUUUGGUUUUGGUUCUGUCACAGCUGUGUCCCAUUCAUCAAUACUGCACUUUAUGCAUUUAUUUAACACUGAUUUAUGAGUUUAUACACCGAGCCCCCGCCGCCAUGUGACUGUUGUGUGCACUGGACCUAUUGGCCCCGUCUUUGAUUAAAUUUGCCUUCUUGUAAAAAACACGUAAAACAAAACAGAAAUAUUUGAAAUAAAAGUGAGAGUAAAUUAUAAUUAUUUUUGAAAAGUCGUAUAUAGAUAGUCUAUUUAAAAGAGCUGUUUUUACUUAAUCUGUGAGUAUUUUGUUGGCUGUCUGCUGUUACACAGAUUUUUCCUAGAUUUUGGAAAACCUUUUUAUUUUGGGACAGAGUUCUGACAAGAGGUUUCAGCUCUUUCUGCUUUUAAUAGCAAGUUGUGCUAAAUGGAACUAAACUAGCUAUUUAAUAAGAAGAUUAAAAGAUUAUUAUUACAAUAUUUAAAGAUACAGAAAUAGUGUGAUGUCUCAAAAUGUUACUGAUGCAGGGCAUAUUACUGAUGCAGUAGCAGGACACGAUCAAUCAAUCAGUCGCUGAAAAGUGUUUUAUAGAAUCUACAUAUAAAUGUCCAUAAAAUGUGUAUAAAUCCUAUAGUAUACAUCCACAUCCGUUCAAUAUUCCACUUAAUGAUUACUGUUCUAUAGCUGCUACUUUUUGUCUGUUUAUAUGUGUCAUGUUCCCUCUGUGUCGGCAAGUUUCACCUUUAUUCUCACACACGUGUGAAUCAAAUCAUGUUCUGUGAAACGUGAUCAAAUCAGAUGAAAUUUUAUCAUAACCUGGAAGAUUAUUUUAUUUCCUUUAAAAAAAAAAUAUUAAAGGUUCUGAAUGCAUUGUGUUUCUGAUUUGAUGCUGUUUUUUUUGUGUUUGUUUGUUUUGUGACUGCAUGACUCACUGGACAUGUUACCCCCUUAUGACUUUGGUUUUUAUUUCCGUACAAGGUUGCGUUGAGCUUUGUGCGUCUAAGUGUUUUGUUUUCCUUGUGUGGUAAAACUGUCUUUUGUCUCUCUCUUUGAUUCUGCGUCACGGGUCGGCUACGUGAAUGCUGUGUGAAGCCUGAAAGCGUCAGAUUUAUGGUAAUCAGCCUUUUAUGCACAUGUAGAAGCUGUCACUCGGUACUAUCUUAGGCCUAUGUUUUACUCUGCAAUUUAUAGUAUGUGUGCUUAUUUUUCUGUUUUGCACCCGCGGGGAUUUUAUUAUGUCACGGUAUAGACUAGCUUUGUAUAUUGCUAUUAUAGGAACAAUGUUUUUUCGUGCUUCAUGUGAUAUGAUGUCAAAGUGAGAAAAUGCACUGAGAAAAUACUGUGUUGCAAUAUAUCAUUGUGGCUCUAUAUUCUCUGGUGGACCUCAGACUUUAUGGUGAGCCUGACGUCUUUGUGGGUCCAUUUUCUGUUUUUAUAUUUUCUUUUCUACUUUUCUGUUGUCAUGUAGAUAGCUCUGACCAACGUGUCGCCUGUUACUGCCACCUUUUUAUGCAUCAACAUUCAGGUAUCCAUUGGUGUUAACGCCAGUGUUUACAGAGAAAAUAGUUUACAACAGAGCGACGUUUUUUUUUCUCCUCAUAAAAUGUGUCAAAGUAGUUAAACACUGUAUCUACAAUAACAGACAUAUAUAACUCACCACAUAUGAACUACUACAAUAGUGAAUAAGUAAUGUUAUUUUCAAUAAGCCCUGAAAGCACUUUUUAUUUAAUUUACAGACUUACUUUCAGAUGUUAUUUUAAGAGAAAAGUUUAUAUUUAGAUUUUAUUGAAUUUAUCUUUAAUGUAGGUUUGUCAUCAACACUGUAUAUUAUUUUUUUGCAAUUAUGCCAAAAAGCCAAAGUUUUAAAUCAGCCAUAAAUUAGAGGAUAUGUUAUGUGACUUCAUACAUUAUCGAUGACUUUAUCAAUGCAUUCAUUAUUGGACAUAGUUACUGAAAACCAGGCAGCACAGCUUAGAGAGUUGUGACUGAUGGUCCGUUACCUGGGAAAUCUCUUUUCUGCAUGACACUGACUUCAAAAUAUGUCAGAAAAGAAAUUGACAUGUUGCAUUUUGCUUUUAAAUGAUUUAAGUUUUGCCUUUGUUUUAUAGAUCUGCUAUCAAACACUAUUUUCAAGUGAAUAUAACAAUACCUUGUCGGAGGAAUAACAGACAUACAGUCAGAAUUAACAGUAGAAAAUAGCAGAUACAAAUACUGGAUGGUCAGGCCAUAUAUAUAUAAUAUAUAUAUAUAUACACUAUACAUAUAUUUAUAUAACAUAUACAUAUAUAUAAACUGUAUGUAGGUUGAUUUUGUGACAUAACAUGUUAAACUGAAUCAGGAAGACGACAUGGACAGUUAUGCAUGGUCAGUCCGUGGAUUAACCACAUCUACGAAUACUUCUUCGUGUAGAUUUUUGAGGGCGGCCUGCUCCUGGUCUAAGCCUCAUUCAAUGGCAGCUAAAUUGUUAUAUAAUGUAUUUUGUUUCUGAGUACAGUGAUACAAUAUUCCACACUCUGCACGUGCAUUUUACUGCCAUGAAGGGGUGCACCGUGCUCCUGCAGUGCACUCACAGCAACAGGAAACAUUAUCUUCAUAGAAUAUGCAAAAUCUAGCGUUCUGCAGCACAGCUUGGCAAAGUGGUACUUUUUUCAGCUAACCCUUUAAAAAAAAGUUUAAAAAAAGACUGGUUCAAACCUUGUUCCUAAAACGGUGUGUUUUCUAAUUUAAGUGUCGAAUCGGACCAAAAGAAUCCAAGUUGGCUGUAAAUGUGAGCUAUAUUCAAGAUGAAAAUAUGCUUCUGUUUGAACUGUACCUGAUGUAUUUUUCUCGUGUGAAGGCUUAUGUCUUUGUAUCUUUGCAUUAUUAUUUGUAAAUGAAAUGAGAAUAAAUAUAUCGGAAUAAGCA